AUGGUACGUUCAGUGAAAGAAAAUGAUAGGCAGGAAAAGGCCAAGUUAGUUGAACCUCUGGACUAUGAAAAUGUUAUCACCCAACGGAAAACACAGAUUUACAGCGAUCCCCUCAGAGAUCUGCUUAUGUUCCCCAUGGAAGACAUAUCUAUCUCAGUGAUUGGUCGUCAGCGCAGAACAGUGCAGUCUACUGUACCAGAAGAUGCUGAAAAGAGGGCCCAGAGCUUAUUUGUCAAAGAGUGUAUUAAGACCUACAGCACAGAUUGGCAUGUGGUGAACUAUAAGUAUGAGGAUUUCUCUGGGGACUUUCGGAUGUUGCCAUGCAAGUCUCUGAGACCAGAAAAGAUUCCUAAUCAUGUGUUUGAGAUUGAUGAAGACUGCGAGAAAGAUGAGGAUUCAUCUUCUUUAUGUUCUCAGAAGGGUGGUGUGAUAAAACAAGGUUGGUUGCAUAAAGCAAAUGUAAAUAGCACCAUCACAGUAACCAUGAAGGUGUUCAAGAGACGGUAUUUUUAUUUGACUCAACUUCCUGAUGGUUCAUAUAUUCUCAAUUCUUAUAAAGAUGAGAAAAAUUCCAAAGAGUCUAAAGGUUGCAUCUACUUGGAUGCUUGCAUUGAUGUUGUCCAGUGCCCCAAAAUGCGCCGUCAUGCUUUUGAACUCAAGAUGUUAGAUAAGUAUAGCCAUUAUCUGGCAGCCGAAACCGAGCAGGAGAUGGAGGAAUGGUUGAUAACGUUGAAAAAGAUUAUUCAGGUCAAUACUGACAGUUUAGUGCAAGAGAAAAAGGACACAGUUGAGGCAAUACAAGAGGAGGAAACUAGCAGCCAAGGAAAAGCUGAGAACAUCAUGGCCAGUUUGGAAAGGAGCAUGCAUCCGGAACUGAUGAAGUAUGGCAGAGAAACAGAACAGCUGAACAAACUCAGUAGAGGAGAUGGAAGACAGAAUCUCUUUUCUUUCGACUCAGAGGUUCAGCGGUUAGACUUUUCAGGAAUUGAGCCUGAUGUAAAGCCAUUUGAAGAAAAGUGCAACAAGCGUUUCAUGGUGAAUUGCCAUGAUUUAACUUUCAAUAUCCUGGGUCACAUUGGAGACAAUGCAAAAGGACCACCCACAAACGUUGAGCCCUUUUUCAUCAACCUUGCCUUAUUUGAUGUAAAGAACAAUUGUAAAAUUUCAGCCGACUUUCAUGUAGACUUGAACCCACCCUCUGUCCGUGAAAUGCUAUGGGGUACCUCAACCCAACUGGCCAGUGAUGGGAAUGCAAAGGGCUAUUCACCUGAGUCUCUCAUCCAUGGAAUUGCUGAGUCUCAGUUAUGCUACAUAAAGCAGGGAAUCUUCUCAGUGACGAACCCACAUCCUGAAAUUUUUCUAGUUGUGAGAAUUGAAAAGGUGUUGCAGGGAAACAUCACACAUUGUGCAGAACCCUACAUCAAAAACUCAGAUCCGAUAAAGACAGCCCAGAAGGUACACAGGACAGCUAAACAAGUAUGUAGCCGCCUUGGACAAUACAGAAUGCCCUUUGCUUGGGCAGCCAGACCCAUUUUCAAAGAUAUUCAGGGCUCUCUGGAUCUGGAUGGGAGAUUUUCCCCUUUGUAUAAACAAGACAGUAGCAAGCUUUCAAAUGAAGAUAUUCUCAAGUUGCUCUCAGAAUACAAAAAGCCAGAAAAGACAAAAUUGCAGAUUAUCCCUGGACAGCUGAACAUCACAGUGGAAUGUGUUCCUGUAGAUUUACCAAAUUGUAUUACCUCUUCAUAUGUGCCCCUGAAGCCUUUUGAAAAGAAUUGUCAAAACAUUACUGUGGAGGUUGAAGAGUUUGUUCCAGAAAUGACAAAAUAUUGUUAUCCAUUCACUAUUUAUAAAAACCAUCUGUAUGUCUAUCCCUUGCAAUUAAAAUAUGACAGCCAGAAAUCAUUUGCCAAGGCUAGGAACAUUGCCGUCUGUGUGGAAUUCCGGGAUUCGGAUGAAAGUGAUGCAUCCGCGCUAAAGUGCAUUUAUGGAAAACCAGCAGGGUCCGUUUUUACCACAAAUGCUUAUGCUGUGGUCUCACAUCACAACCAAAAUCCAGAGUUCUACGAUGAGGUCAAAAUUGAGCUUCCCAUUCACCUGCAUCAGAAUGGCUUCCUACCUUUGAACCAGAUGGCAUGCUUGAUAGCGUACCUCUACAAGCUUCCAAGUGCCGCCUGUGUAUUUCAACUAAGGGAAACACUUGGCCAUGCUCUGAUAAUUCACAGUGCAAAAGUGUCACCUAAGCAGAAUCGUGCAGAUAGAAAGUGGAUUGAUGCUUUCUUGGGUCAUUUCUUCUGGUUGAUUAUUGUCUUGGCAGUUGGAUUUGCCUGGGUACCUUUGCUGAAGGAUGGGAGAGUCAUCACAUUGGAGCAGCAGCUGUCAGUCUCAGCCAAUCUUCCCCCAGGCUACCUGAAUGUGAAUGAUGCCGAAUCAAGAAGGCAAUCGAAUGCGGAUAUCAAAUGGGUAGAUGGUGCAAAGCCUUUGCUGAAGAUUAAGACCCACUUAGAAUCAACCAUUUAUACUCAGGAUCUGCAUGUGCACAAAUUCUUCCAUCAUUGCCAGCUGAUUCAGUCAGGCUCAAAAGAAGUUCCAGGGGAACUCAUUAAAUAUUUAAAGUGUUUGCAUGCCAUGGAGAUCCAAGUCAUGAUACAGUUUCUACCUGUAAUUCUUAUGCAACUCUUCCGAGUUCUCACAAACAUGACCCAUGAAGAUGACGUUCCCAUCAACUGCACCAUGGUUCUCUUACACAUUGUGUCAAAGUGUCAUGAAGAAGGCUUGGAGAGCUAUUUAAGAUCCUUCAUAAAGUAUAGCUUCAGACCUGAAAAACCAAGCACUCUUCAGGCCCAGUUGAUCCAUGAAACCCUGGCUACUACUAUGAUAGCAAUAUUGAAACAGUCUGCAGAUUUCUUAGCCAUAAACAAACUUCUAAAGUACUCAUGGUUUUUCUUUGAAAUAAUUGCCAAGUCGAUGGCCACAUACUUAUUGGAAGAGAAUAAAAUUAAGCUCCCCAGGGGCCAGAGAUUUCCUGAGGCAUAUCAUCACAUCUUACAUUCUCUGCUUCUUGCUAUAAUUCCUCAUGUGACCAUUCGCUAUGCAGAGAUUUCUGAUGAGUCCCGAAAUGUGAAUUAUAGUUUGGCCAGCUUCCUAAAGCGCUGCUUGACACUGAUGGACAGAGGAUUUGUUUUCAAUUUGAUAAAUGACUAUAUAUCAGGAUUUAGCCCCAAGGAUCCUAAGGUUCUUGCUGAAUACAAGUUUGAAUUUCUCCAAACAAUCUGCAAUCAUGAACAUUACAUUCCUCUGAACUUACCAAUGGCAUUUGCAAAACCUAAAUUACAGAGAGUUCAAGAUUCCAAUCUUGAAUACAGUUUAUCAGAUGAGUAUUGCAAGCAUCACUUCUUGGUUGGUCUACUUCUGCGGGAAACCUCCAUUGCUCUUCAAGACAAUUAUGAGAUCAGAUAUACAGCGAUCUCUGUCAUAAAGAAUCUUUUGAUAAAACAUGCAUUUGAUACUAGAUACCAGCACAAGAACCAGCAAGCCAAAAUAGCGCAGUUGUACCUCCCAUUUGUCGGAGUGCUCUUGGAGAAUAUACAGCGACUGGCAGGCCGAGAUACUUUGUAUUCCUGUGCUGCCAUGCCUAAUUCUGCAUCCAGGGAUGAGUUUCCAUGUGGCUUUGUUUCACCUACAAACAGGGGGAGCCUGGCCACUGAUAAAGACACAGCCUAUGGGUCUUUUCAAAAUGGUCAUGGAAUUAAGAGGGAAGAUUCAAGAGGUUCCCUUAUUCCUGAAGGAGCAACAGGAUUUCCAGACCCUGGAAGCACUGGUGAAAAUACCCGUCAGAGUUCUUCAAGGAGUAGUGUAUCCCAGUAUAAUCGUCUGGAUCAGUAUGAAAUCAGAAACCUCUUGAUGUGCUACUUAUACAUAGUAAAGAUGAUUUCUGAAGAUACUCUCUUGACUUACUGGAAUAAAGUGUCUCCCCAGGAGCUCAUAAACAUUCUUGUACUUCUAGAAGUAUGUUUGUUUCACUUCCGAUAUAUGGGGAAAAGAAACAUAGCAAGGGUGCAUGAUGCCUGGCUAUCCAAACACUUUGGAAUAGAUCGAAAAUCACAAACUAUGCCAGCUCUUCGAAACAGAUCAGGGGUGAUGCAGGCUCGGCUUCAACAUCUCAGCAGCUUAGAAAGCUCAUUCACACUUAAUCACAGUUCUGCCACGACAGAAGCAGACAUUUUCCACCAGGCACUUCUGGAAGGCAAUACUGCUACUGAAGUGUCUCUGACAGUACUAGACACGAUCUCCUUUUUCACCCAGUGCUUCAAGAGCCAACUUUUAAAUAAUGAUGGUCACAACCCACUAAUGAAAAAAGUAUUCGAUAUUCACCUUGCUUUUCUUAAAAAUGGACAAUCUGAAGUGUCACUGAAGCAUGUCUUUGCCUCACUAAGAUCUUUCAUCAGUAAGUUUCCCUCAGCCUUUUUCAAAGGAAGAGUAAACAUGUGUGCUGCAUUUUGCUAUGAGGUUUUAAAGUGCUGUACUUCAAAGAUCAGCUCAACCAGGAAUGAGGCAUCUGCACUUUUAUAUCUUUUGAUGAGAAACAACUUUGAGUAUACCAAGAGGAAAACCUUUCUAAGGACACAUUUGCAGAUAAUCAUUGCUGUGAGUCAGCUUAUAGCUGAUGUAGCACUGAGUGGAGGAUCGAGAUUUCAGGAGUCUUUAUCCAUUAUCAAUAACUUUGCAAAUAGUGACAGACCUAUGAAGGCAACUGCUUUUCCCACAGAAGUCAAAGAUUUGACCAAGAGGAUCCGAACCGUUCUUAUGGCCACUGCACAAAUGAAGGAGCAUGAGAAAGACCCUGAAAUGCUAAUUGAUCUCCAGUAUAGCUUAGCUAAAUCUUAUGCCAGCACACCAGAGCUGAGGAAAACUUGGCUUGACAGCAUGGCCAAAAUUCAUAUAAAAAAUGGAGAUUUUUCUGAGGCAGCAAUGUGUUAUGUCCAUGUGGCGGCUCUAGUUGCGGAAUUUCUUCACCGAAAGAAAUUAUUCCCUAGCGGGUGUUCAGCAUUCAAGAAAAUUACUCCCAAUAUAGAUGAAGAAGGAGCCAUGAAAGAAGAUGCUGGAAUGAUGGAUGUUCAUUACAGUGAAGAGGUUUUGCUGGAGUUGCUAGAACAGUGUGUGGACGGUCUGUGGAAGGCAGAGCGCUAUGAAGUCAUUUCUGAGAUUUCCAAAUUGAUUAUUCCAAUUUAUGAGAAACGCCGUGAGUUUGAGAAACUGACUCAAGUCUACAGAACUCUCCACGGAGCUUACACAAAAAUUUUGGAGGUUAUGCACACCAAAAAACGACUUUUAGGUACUUUCUUUAGAGUUGCCUUUUAUGGCCAGUCUUUUUUUGAAGAAGAAGAUGGAAAAGAGUACAUCUAUAAAGAACCCAAGCUCACUGGCCUUUCAGAGAUUUCCUUGAGACUUGUGAAACUUUAUGGUGAAAAAUUUGGUACUGAAAAUGUCAAAAUAAUUCAGGAUUCAGACAAGGUAAAUACCAAAGAGCUUGAUCCAAAAUUUGCUCAUAUACAAGUCACUUAUGUGAAGCCUUAUUUUGAUGACAAAGAACUCACAGAAAGAAAGACGGAGUUUGAAAGAAAUCAUAAUCUCAACAGAUUUGUUUUUGAGGCCCCGUACACAUUAUCAGGCAAGAAACAAGGUUGCAUAGAAGAACAGUGUAAACGUCGCACUAUCUUGACCACUUCAAACUCAUUUCCAUAUGUGAAAAAGAGGAUUCCUAUAAACUGUGAACAGCAGGUGAAUUUAAAGCCAAUUGAUGUUGCUACGGAUGAAAUAAAAGAUAAAACUGCAGAGCUCCACAAGCUUUGCUCCUCUGCUGAUGUGGACAUGAUUCAGCUUCAGCUAAAGUUGCAGGGCUGUGUCUCUGUGCAGUCUAGCGUUUCCCACCAUGUAGGAAGGGGUGCAGUGGGGCUGCAAAGGUUGCACGGGCUUCCUUCUAGUCCUCCUGUUGUUACUUCCACUUGGACUCUGCAGCCGUGGAGAAUGCCUUACCUUGUCUGCAGUGAGGAGCUCUUAACUUUUCUUCUUUGUAUCUUCAUGUUCAUCCAUAGAAAAUUCAUACAGGCAUGCAGCAUUGCACUUGAACUAAAUGAGCGGCUAAUUAAAGAGGAUCAAAUUGAGUACCAUGAAGGGCUAAAGUCAAAUUUCAGAGACAUGGUAAAAGAAUUGUCCGACAUUAUACAUGAGCAGAUAUUACAAGAAGACACAAUGCAUUCUCCCUGGAUGAACAACACAUUACAUGUAUUCUGUGCAAUUAGUGGUACAUCAAGUAACAGAGGUUAUGGUUCCCCAAGAUACACUGAAGUAUGAAGAGAUUUGCAAAGAAAUGGCAAUGAGACUGACCUUUCUCAGGAAUAUUUGGAGCUGUGCAGAUGUUAGCAUUUAGAGAUUUGAUAUGUGUGGAGUGUUGCCUCCUGACACCAAAAUUGUCAUGCUUUCGUACAGGGUGCUUACGUAUUUGUAAAUAGUUAAGCAACUCGAAAGUGCCUGAAAAAUUGCAGCACUGUGCUUGCUUUGUACUUUUUUAGGGAAAUCUAUAUGUUGAAAAGUAGAGCUCAAAACCAUUCGUUCAGUUUGCUUAGUUACUGCUUACUAAUAACGAGAAUAUGUAACAUUGUAUAAUGGAAACCCAAUAAAAGGUAAAAACUUAUUUGUAACUCAAA